AUGCGGUCGAUGCUCUCUGUUCUCUUCUGUUGUUUCUUCCUUCUUCUUUUAAGCGUCGUCGAUGUCGUCGUCGCGAACGAGAGCAGCAGCGCGACGACGAACAACAACAACGACAACAACAACAAAGAUUCACGAGGAGAAGGGACAGAAAUCUCCUUCUCGUCUAAAGAGAGGCUGUUCGUGGCCACGCUGGACGGUUCGGUAUCCGCGGUGGAUUCAAAGACGGGGCAGUUUUUGUGGUCGUUCGAAACCGGGAGCGCGUUAGUGCACGCGUCUUCUUCCUCGUCGUCGUCGUCGAGCGCGAAAGCGAAAGCGAGCGGAGAAGGCGGAGAGGAGGAGAGCGGUGACGGUAAAGGCGGGGAUAUCGAAGGGAGCGCUUCGAGUAGCAGCGUAUUCCCGGGUUUGGAUGGAUCGUUGUACGUCGCCCGGCGCGGCGUUCGGGGGUCGUCCUCGGCGGCGGAUAUUUUUAGCGGCGGGAGGAAAUUUUCUAUUUCUCGCCUUCCGGUGACCACGAGAGAUUUAGUCGAAGCGAGUCCGUCGGUGACGAACGAUGGAGCGGUGAUUGUCGGGACGAGGAAGACGACUGUUUUCGCGGUGGACGCGGAGAGCGGGGAGAUUGUGAGGACGUUUGAUCCAGAGACAGACGAUUUUGAGGAUGAAUCAUCGGUGAGAGGGAACGAGGACGGAGAGGACGGAGAGAACGGUGGGAGGACGAUUGUGUUGCUCGGGAGAACGGACUAUGCGGUGAAAUCUAUCGAUGCGGUGACGGGGAAGGUGAGAUGGAACGUCACACACGGGGACUUACGCCCGGUUGGAGGAGGAGGAGGAGGAGAAGGAGUGGGAUAUAUAGGUGGCAGCGACACUUCGAGUGGUGAUAAGUUACGAAUUGGGGCGAAUAACGCGUUGACUCGAGUGGAUGAAUCUGGAAAUAUCGUUUGGACGACGCGAACGUCUUCGAUGCCGCUUUCAGUGAUCAACGAAAGAGGCGAGAAUAUAUUAGGAACAACUAGUGAUAGCGGAAAAAGCGACGAAGGUAGCGCCAACAAAAACAACGACAGUAACGAGGUAACCGUAGGAGCACACGCGGGUGGUUACUUUGCGUUACCAAAAGGUGGCGAAGUAGGUGAUCCCGUCGUCGAUGGGAGUAGCGGCGCUCUAGUCGUGCCGAAAUACGGGGAAUCGAGCGCUUUGACGAGCUUCGUCGUCGGCGACAAUCCAACCGAAGACGAUUGGGCGUGCAUGCCGAUGGAGCUGAAGAGCAUCGUCGAAAUGCAAGCGGAAAAAGGCAAGAUCGAACAAAGCUUAUUACCCGGCGGAAAGGUGAAGGACGAGGAGAAUGACACCUCAUUCGGUUCAAAGGUUACUUUUGGGCAGUUUUCUUUCAUCGCGAUGACGGGUACGCUUGUCGUCACGGCGAGUGGAACUGUUUUGUUGAAACUUCUCCUUCAAAGACAGAAAGUAGCGAAGAGCAGCGAAUCAGCCGAUGACGCUAAUACGAAUGGCGGCGAACAACAAGAACAACAACAAACUGCGCUCACUCCUUCGCAAAAAAAGAAGAUGAAGCGAAAGAUGAAAGAACAACGCGAAAAAGAGAUGCUCGAAUACGCGCAAAACGCAAACGAAACGAGGAGCAUAAUCGGUUUCCCAGAAGAUGGAGAGUCGUCUAGAAGUGCCAUGAAAGUUGGACGCUUAAUCGUGAAACCGACGGUUCUCGGUUACGGUUCCUGCGGGACGGUGGUGUUUGACGGUGAACUCGACGGUCGAUCGGUCGCGGUGAAGCGUUUGUUGGCGCAGUUCCACGAACUCGCUCGGAAAGAGCUCGCCGCGUUGAUCGCGAGCGAUGAGCACCCGAACAUUUUGCGAUGUUUUGCCAUGGAAGAAGAUAAAGAUUUCGUGUACGUUGCGUUGGAGCGGUGCGAAACGACGUUACAAGCGCGCGCGACGGAAACGACAAAAACGAGCGACUCCGCACCUCUCUUGGACACGUCUGGCUUUCCAACCAGCGAUGGCGUUCGAAUUCUUCGCGACGUCGCUGCUGGCUUAAAACAACUGCACUCGCAAGGUAUCGUCCAUCGCGAUUUAAAACCUUCGAAUAUUCUCAUCACUGAGAAAGGACGCGGUAAACUUGCCGAUAUGGGCGUCGCGAAAAAAGUGAACUUGAUCGACGGCACGAGUUUUGAAACGCGCGCGAUACUGAACAAUAACAACGGUGGAAGUGCCGGUGGUGGUGGCGGUGACGGUACCGCCGGCUGGCAAGCGCCCGAACGUCUUACCAACGGCCGUCAAUCGCGUGCCGUGGAUAUUUUUGCGCUCGGUUGCGUCGUCCAUUUCGUUCUUACGAAAGGUAAACACCCGUUUGGGGAAAAGUUCGAGCGGGAUUCGCGCGUGUUGCGAGGCGAUUACAACGUAUCCGCGUUGAACCAUCUGCCAGAAGCGAAGGAUUUGGUGAGAAAAUGUUUAGAAGCAAACCCGGAAGACCGGCCAUCCGCGAGAGAGGUUCUCAGACACCCCGCGUGGUGGUCGCGAGAAAAGCGCACGCAGUUCCUAUGCGACGUUAGCGACCGCAUGGAACUCGAAGACCGCGAACCAGGAGAGCGCAUCCUUUUCAAAACUUUGGAGAGAGCUUCUAAAUUCGCCAUCUCCAACACCGAUUGGCGCACGAAAAUCGAUCCGGCUAUGCUCGAAAAUCUCGAAAAGUACCGCAAAUACGACGGUCGUUCCUUGCGUGACUUACUUCGAGUCAUCCGCAACAAAUCCGCACACUUCCGCGAACUGCCUCCGCGCAUCCAGCGCAUCCUCGGCGAACCCCCAGACGCGUUCUACGCCUACUUCGCAUCUCGAUUUCCCAACCUCCUCUUAGCCGUCCACGAGUUUGCGCGAAAAUCCACCCCCAUCGUCAACGACCAAAUCUUCCUCAAAUAUUUCGGCGACGAAGAACAACUCCAAGAAGGUAACGAAUCCUGGAAAGACUUGAAAAAGCUCGCCAACGACCAAAAGAUGAAGAAGGAAUCGAAAUCGUCAUCAAACACCACCACCAACAACAACAACAAUACCGAAAACAACAACGAGAACGACAACGACGAUUGGGACCUCCCGCCGCAAAACUUCCCGGUGCGUCCAAACGCCAUCGACUGCGAGUUUUACGUAAAAACUGGCAAGUGCAAAUACGGCGAGACGUGUAAGUUUAAUCACCCGCCCGGGUUGCACUACCGACGCGUGUAA